AGCAGUGAGUAGGUCACAUGUGCCUGCUCAGCUGGUUACAGGGAGGGUCCGUGUUGCGUUUAGUUGCUCGUCCUGGGAACAGCUGUUAUUUCAAUGUUACCUGUGUCCGGAGCUUUCAAACACAGGGAAGCAGCAGCUAGUUACCGGUGAUAAUGAAGCUGAUGGGGAGCUUGCACUUUUUACAAUAAAAGCUGGAAUGAAUUGGAGGAAGGGAGUCGAUUUAAAGCUGCUUUGAAGCCAAAAUACACAGUAGAUUUACCGUUUGCUAGCUCCAUGAGGACCCAGUCAAAUACUGUGCUGUAUUGAUGGACGGAGCUACAGAUUGCAGCCCCCAGACUGCAGCAGCAGAGCCCCUCUUGCUGGCGAAGCUUAUACCUAACAGAUUGCGUGAAUUAGAUUGGACAUCUGGCUGUGAGACUUGGGGUGUGGCAUUUUCCCCUGAUGGCUCAUACUUUGCGUGGUCACAGGGACACAAUAUUGUGAAAUUGGUUCCCUGGCCGUUUGAAGAUCACAAAACAAAUUGUAAAAGUACACACAAUUUUAAAGUGGAUGAGAGUUCAGAUGGCCGGUGCAGAGAAAGGCUAAUUGAUUGUGGUCAGACAGUGUGGGGAUUAUCAUUUGGUGCAUCUCCAUCAAACAAUGGAAAGCAGUCAUCUGAGAACCAACACAAAUCCAAACUUCAGUCCUCUGAUGCAGUCCUUGCCACAGGUCUCGCAAAUGGUGAAAUCAAGUUGUGGAAAGUGCCUACUGCUCAUCUUCUCCACUAUUUAAAAGGGCAUCAGUCUGUAGUGAGAUCAUUUGCUUUUAUCACCAAUGAAAACUUCAUGUUGGUUUCUGCAUCACGAGACAGAACUCUGCGUGUAUGGGACCUAAAACAGAAUGGUAAACUACUGCAUAUAUUAAAAGGUCACGACCAAUGGGUUUAUUGUUGUGCUGUCUCCCCUGAUUCGACGAUGCUUUGUUCUGUAGGAGGGGGAAGGACGGUACUGCUGUGGAGUACAGUAACAUAUACAGUGAUUCGGAAACUAGAAGGUCAUGGAGGUGAUGUUGUAUCAUGUGAAUAUUCCCCCAAUGGAGCAUUACUAGCUACUGCAUCUUAUGACACCUAUGUAAUUGUGUGGGACCCAUACACUGGAGAAAGCCUGAUGAAGCUGAGGCAUUGUUCCCCACCAGCUUCUCUGGAUGUUGAUGAAGGCUUUCGUACUGGAUUUGUAAGAGCAGUCUCCUUUUCCCAGGAGGGACUAAAUGUUACCUCAGUAGCAGAUGAUGGAUUGCUGAGAAUUUGGUGCUUGGAUUUACAAAGGCCAGUAUAUGUUGCUCCCCUGGCUAAUGGGCUCUGUUGUACAUUCUCUCCACAUGGUAGAGUGUUGGCCACAGGGACAAGAGAUGGUCAUGUUACAUUCUGGACCGUACCUAGGGUGCUGCCAACUCUGCAACACACUUGCCGCAAUGCUGUGCGCCACGUGAUGACAACCCACCAAGUUAUGCUGUUGCCAGUUCCAAAGAAGAUAAAACAGUUCUUAGUUUAUAAGUUCUAGUUCACACUUGGAGGUAAAGUGACAGGAUGGGAGGGAACCCUUAUCUCAAUAGUAGCAGAUAAUGAAUAAUAUUUUUACCAGGAUUUAUUUGAAUGAAUAUUGUAUUUAUUUUGAUUUUAAAAAUGUACAUCUAGGUUCCAGUAAGAAUUGUCACUGGAGCCUUUCCAAUUUAUAAAAGUUGCUUAGCAUUACAUCCAAUUUAAAACAAAGUACUCCUCCCCCCCACCUCAAUCUUUUGCAUAUCAUUGGAAUUUUCCACAUUGUGAAGAGUCAUGCAACUGAUCAAAAGUAUAAUAUUUAUUCUGAAUGUGGAAAUCCACUGUAGAUCAGGCUGAAGGUUUAAAAUGUUAUUUAAUUAUGAAACUUCUAGUUUAGAGAAGCAAAUCCCUCCAGCAUAGUAUCAUUUUUUAAUUCUCCAGUUUAGUUUGUAAAUUUGCACAAAGAAGACUUCUAGCCAGUUAAUCAUUUAUUGAUCUAUCCAGACAGACACUAGGCAUGAUUUCAUACUUGCUCCUUUAAAAUUUUUAUCUUCACUGAUUUAUGGGUUUAAUGAUUUAAAUUUAACUUAG